AUUCAGUCAAACGUCAACUGCGAUUAAAUUCAGUCGGUGCAGUUAGCCGCAUAUGUAAAAUUAAAAAAUAGUGCAUACCAGUAACUCUAGCCAUCCGUAAUCUGAUGUGGAUUUCAAAUCCCGCGUCAGGAUUAUUUCUAAACCAGAGUGGAGGUUGAAUCUGGACUCCGUCCGAUGCCUAGUUCUGCAACAGGUGAGCUCGACGCGAAAGCGAGUGGGAGAAAAGCGGGUGUUUAACGAGGGCGAGCGAACACGAGAGUGAAGAGGAGAAAAGAAGAUAGGAAAAAGCGAGAGCGCUAGAGAAAACGGGUGGGGAGUAGAACUUCGUGACCGCUACGACUUCGUGAUUCUCUAAAACAAUAACCAACACAGACGCGCGAGGCAUAAGGAAAGCUGGUGAACGGCCACCAUCGGUGCACUCGGGCAGGCUGAAAGUCAGGCAGGCAGUAGGCGGAAUCUACACCACGCCAUUUCAAUAUUACGUACUUAUAUACAACCAUACGAACGAGCAACUGCGGCAGGCUACAUAGGGCCUUCCUUCGUCGCCCGCUCUUCUCUCAUCCCCUCUCUCUCGCGCGUGGUUUUACUUCACCCCAGAUUCUUGGGUAUAUAUUUGCAUUUGCAUUUUACCGCAACGCUUCAACGUCUUAAGAAAGUGAAGACCGUCCUCUUCUUUUAGACGGCUGCUGUCGGUUCGCUCGUCUUUUCUUAUUUUCUCAACGGCUAUACGGGUUCAGACUUUACCAGUCUAGGUCAGUUAUUGUACACAAGAUGGCUGAUACUUCAAUAACCAUGCGGUUAAACUUGCGGUAGCUCUCUUCACGUUUGCGAACAGAAUAAUAUGAGAAAUAUUUUUCAGGUAUAUUGUAAACACGUAGAAAUGGUUUUUGUUGUUUUUUUUUUUUUUUUUUUCACAUAAAACGACGUUCCCAUCUGAAGCGAACAUUAUAAUGAGCCAAUUUGCAAAAUUGGUUUCUAAUCAUCGGCACGCCAAUAUACGUUUGCGUCGGUCAGCUGUGGCCAUAUUGCGUAUGCGUGAAUUCUUCGUUAAAACAGCAUGCAUCAAUGAGGCAUAAUUUUGUUCGGUUCAACCGUUGUAAUCAAAGCUUCAAAGUAGACCUGGAACAAGUUUCGUAUUUCGAAGUGGAAACGCCGGGUGAUGGGGGGACAAAGAAAAGAUGAAGAAACCAAAGGGACGCAAGAACCGGAGAAGAGGGACAAUUUAAAGUGAAUUUAUGGCAGUCGGUCUAGUUUAGGCACGUAAAGACCGCCGAUCAAUCUUGUGGUAAACCAAGAAAAUAGAUCAGACUGCGUCAGGCUAACGGAUCAUAGCUCGUCGUAUUCCUUUGGCUCGCUUCGCAGAUGCCAUCCUGACAGAACGUCGUAGAAUGGCAGGACAAACCGGCCACCUGCAGACACGGCAAGACUCGAGGCGCGCGUGCCUCACUCGGUCAUUAUUUUACUCGAGAGAAUGCGUUGUCCCUCGUACACUUAUACGAGUUUUAUAAUUCAUAAGUCCGCUAGCAUGGAGAAGAGAACUAAUCGCACACCGUACGCCCACUAAUGAAUCAAGACCGAAGCAGCAGCUAUCGGUAGUCGCGUGUCUCGAGCGAAAGCGGAAAAUGUGCUGCUAUUGCAGCUGCACGGAAUAUCGUAUCUGCACCAGGAAACCACGCAAGCGGGGCAUCGCGAUAGAAAAUGAAAUUAAAAAAAAAAAAAAUUGGAAAAGAAACGAACAAAUAAAUAUGAUACGAAAGUAAAAGAAUGUGACGUACUGAGAAUAUCUAUGAAAUUUUUCCACGGACAAUUGUAAUGGAAUAAAUGAGAUAAUAGAUGUAGCGCAUAAUGUAUAAAAUUGACGCCGGUUCCAGCCUCAAGAUUGUUGUACGGGAAUAUUGCUGGGCUACGGCAAUAUAACGUGUUUUAUACAACGGGUGCAAUAAUUCAGGGUGCAUAUUCAGCAGGUGAAACUGACUGUGAACGAAACGUAUGAAUGGUGGAAUGACACACGAGUCGUAGUUUUUAAAUAUUAUAUGUAUACGAGGUGCAUUUUAUUCGCUCGUGAAACGGCUGCAGUAACUGACCAAACAUGGUUUCUACCACUGUGCUGUCGGUGUUUUUAUUUGCUCCUACAAUAACCGCGCUAAACAUGGCUUUCAUUUACUUUUAUGCAUAUCGACACAUCUACGUGACGAACUAUGCGUGGAGCAAAUAGAAGCUCGUACAGAACGACGGUGAAGAAACGGUGUGGGAAUAAAAGUUUCGUUUAACUGUCCCCACCUGAUCGAUCGGAGUAUUCGCCAUUCGCAUUCAGAGUAAAAUGCAUUCAUGCAUGCACCUCCACUCUCGACCAGGAUUAAUCUCUCACCGUAGACACCAAAUGUUUGUAUACUUCGUACAAGUAUCGAUAUAUUCAUCGUGUUUUUUUUUUUUGAACAGUAAUCAUAAUUAUUAAAAGAUUUGUGUCAUCCUCAUACUCAACAAAAACAUCACUUAUAAAUCUAGAUCGUCAAUCCAUUUUAUUUUUUCUGAUGUUUAUUAUCACUGUGUGAAAAAAAUGUUGAGUUCGAUUUGAUGAUGAAGUGGGUAAGAAAAUGUAAUUAAUGGUAGGUAUACCCGUUUAACUAGAAAAUAAAUUUCACACUCUUUAUAUAACUUACAGUUCUUAUUUCCAAAUUAAUUUUCUUUUAUAAUUUGUGUGAUAACUUUUACCACCUCACAAAUCAAAAAAACCGGCUAGAGCCCUCGGAUCUCAUGUGCUGUGAAUCAUUUUUCUCAUUCUCAGGAGGUUCUCGAAAGAAUCUCGAAGAUCCAUUGCCUAGAGCCCACAACCAAAUGAUUUGCAUAAUCAAACCUUUGGUACAAUGUGAGCUCCUCCUUACAGUUAUAUUGGGUGAGGUACCUACUGCACACACAUUCGGUAUCCACCAAGCAUCUCAAUUCAAAAAUCCAAAAUUCACUCAUUGCUCCGAUAUGAGUGCAUUAUUUGAGAGCAGGUUGCGAAGUAGAUAUUUUGAGAGCAGAAUGUGGUAUACGCGUCCAUAAACUACUUACUGCAGAAACCUUAACUUGGUAAUUGUAUACGGGUUAUGUCGAUAUCAGUGAGGUGUAAAAGUUUGAUUUCAAUUAGAGCAGAGAUUGGAUCAGCCUCAUGGUCUUGAUAACGAAGCAAAUCAAUCGAUUGUGAGUGCUUUUUUUUAUGACUCGGUUUUAUUGCCAGUAAUCCGCACAGCGUAUUCAGAAGAGCAUUCUCCGACAAAGCCGACGUCAUUUUCAUGCAUAAUGAGCCAUGACUACGGCAUCUUCCAAGGUUCGCGUUAAAAAUGGUAUAGUCCGAGGUGGAUUGUGAGAUAAUUUGAGGUGUGAAUUAUUACGAGGGCAGCACGGAGGAGGUCUGACGGAGCUACCUGCGUUAUUACAAUAACAAUCAACACAAGAGGGUCAAAACAGGUUAAGCCUCCUGAUUGGGCGGAGUGUUAGAAAAAGGGCCUGGAGGGUCGAGUCUAGCAAGUCAGUUUAGUUCUGAACGGUGCGCGUCGAUCUUUUCCAUCAGGGGGUAGGCAGCCCUCCAGAGAAGCACUUAGGUUACCUCUGAUUCACACUGAUUUACAUCAACGCAUUAGCAGGAUAUAACAGAACGAUUUACACUUUAAUGAAAUGAGGAAAAGGUCUGAGAGAUAGAAUUUUCUAUCGUUGACUCGACAUCGUGACAAGCGGCAAUGAUCGUUAGUUGUUAUAUACCCCGCCUGCCUUUCCCCAUUGUCUGAUUGUGCGGGAGGCGAGUAACGGUAACGGAUAACAUGGUAGCGGCAGUAGUUUCUAGGCAUCGUGCUUUAUUACCGUUGCCAUUCAGUGCAGAGAAAACGAGGUUCAAUUAAUUGUCUUUUGAAAGUAAGAGUUUGCGAUCCUUCGAUUAUGUUUAUUCCAACUACAUAUUUCCUCUAAUGAGAGUUACAUACGUCCGUCUGUGUUCUAUGGAUCUUUGGGGCAAUAAAAAAAAAGCUUGAUUCUAAAUAUAUGAAAAAGCGUAACUUGUAAGGCGCACUACGCAAGGCAUACAUUAUUACUCUCGGGUAGCUGUGACAUUGGUAUACGAGCAGCGCGAUAAAUAAUUAGGUGAAGACGGUGUUAAUUACGCGGGCAAACCACCCCGAACAGGUAAACUCCGCGUAUAUCGAGGAUCGAGGUUUAUAACGGCGUGAGAACGCGAAACGAAGUUCCUCCUGGUCUAAGGAACUUCGUGAAGGAAAAGUAAGAGCAAGAGUAGAAGGCGGCAGCAACAUCGACGAGAACCGAGACGACAAGAAGGGGAAUAUGCCGAGGGAGCAAGAACGGUCCAUCGCGUUUCCCUGGAAGGUACAGAAGGCAAGGAAGGCAACGAACGCAGGCUGCAGGCAGAGGAGCCAUUGUAAGGGCCAAGAGUGUACCUGUCUUGUUUUUGUAGGCUCGGCAGAACGGCGGAUAGUAGGCAGGUAGCGGCGAGCGGAGAGUCGAAGAAGAUAGGUGGAUCAGCACAGGCGCAAGGAAGUCGGAGGUGGGGGCAGGGGUCUCGUUGCGGUCCCAGUGCUGGGGCCCAACAACCUACCGACCAGUCCUCGGAGAAACGCGGCCCAUGCCAGAGCUGCCACUCACCCUUUCGAUCCCACCACUGCCGCGUUGCUUCAAUUUCGUACGGUUCAUAUUCGAUUAAAUAGAUUGAUUCACAACAAUAAUACGCUCAACUUGUUACAGCGCGAGUUUAAGUGGUGGUUCAUAGAAUAGAAAACCAUUUUCGUAACGAACGGAUACUGGGUUUGUCGUCUACCAAUGAAAGGAUUACCACUUGGAUUACCAUAACGAGGGCACCUUGGAUGUACAGUGUGUUUGGUUCAUCGAGUGAAGCUGUAUGCAGUGAUGAGUGAUGUGAGAUGGUUCUGAAGCUGCGGGCCCAGCCCCUGUUCGUAAUCAAAUAAUAAUAAAUCGGUAAUCGAAUUGAAAAAAAAAAAGUGCCGGAGUAUAAUCGACAAAGUGUAUGCUAAGAUAAAAGUGCAAAGAUGCAGGGCAGUCCUGCCUUCUUCGCGAUAUUACUCGGCACGAUAUUCGGAGUCCUAGGAGCAUCGCUGAGCAAAGCUCUUAGAUACAAAGCCCCAGAUGAAUGCAAGUGGGUCGCAACCGGCGAAACGGAAGAUGACGUGUCUCUGGUUUGCCGCUUAAGGACCAUCAAUAGCGAGCUUGAAAAUACCAAUUUCAGCGUUAUCCAACCACAACACACCGUCCGCCUGCGAUUGGAGUGCAGCGAUGCAUUAUUUUUUCAGAGUUCACUUAGUGCCGGUAGCUUCAGACCUUUGGUGGAGCUCCGGGAACUGGCGAUCGAAUACUGUAAAAUUGGUAACCUCUCCGACGAUGCAUUUCGCGGUCUCAAAGAGCUGAGAAACCUUACAGUGCGUACCCACAACACGGAUUGGUCAACAAUGGCCUUGGAUAUUUCGGCUGGCGCCUUUGGCGAAGAACUUGCUCAACUCGAAAUGCUUGACCUGGGGGAAAAUAACAUGUGGAGUAUACCGGAGGGCGCCCUAUGUCCCCUGCUCAAUCUCGAGGUUCUCAAUCUAACGCGUAACCGGUUACGAGAAGUUACCAGCUUCCAUUUUGGGACCGGUGCUAGGUGCGCCACGGGAUUGCGCGAGCUGGACCUAAGCAACAACAGCAUCGAGUCGUUACCCGCAGCCGCAUUUGCCGGUCUGUCACGGUUACACGGUCUUGAUUUACGCAGUAACGUUAUCGCCUUUCUUGCUGACCGUGCCCUGGAAGGCCUUUCCUCUUUGGCGGUACUCAAGCUCUCCGACAAUCGGCUGGCCAGCUUGCCACCCGAAUUAUUCAACGAUGCACGAAAUGUCCAGGAAGUCCAUCUACGAAAUAACACUUUGAGCGUUCUACCGCCUGGACUUUUCGGCGAGUUGACUCAACUGCUUGUUCUUGACUUGUCUCGCAAUGAGCUUAGCUCCGAAUGGAUCAAUGCCGCGACAUUCGUCGGUCUUGUUCGGCUGGUUGUCAUGGACUUAUCCAACAACAGAAUCGCCAGGUUGGAGCCAGCCGUGUUCCGUGAUCUUUACAGCCUGCAAAUACUCAGGCUGCAAGGAAACUUGUUGGAUAGUCUUUCCGAGAACACAUUUUCUGCACUUUAUAAUCUGCACACUCUUGUACUUAGCGACAAUCGGCUGACCGUAAUUGAUGCUGCUACUUUGAGUGGUCUGUAUGUUCUGAGCCUUCUUUCUUUGGACAACAACCAGCUACAUACCCUUCAUCCAAACUCGUUGAAAAAUGCUUCUUCUCUCCAAGACUUUCACCUGAACGGUAACCGGCUGUCAGCAAUUCCAGAGGCCCUCAAAGCAACUCCGUUACUGCGAGCUUUGGAUCUUGGUGAAAAUCUUAUAUCUGAGAUCCCGAACGGAACGUUCGAUCACAUGCAAGAGCUUUAUGGUCUACGACUGACUGAAAAUCACAUCGGCAAUCUUACUAAAGGUAUAUUUGAGAAAAUCACCGCUCUGAAGAUACUGAAUUUAUCCAGAAAUCGGAUCCAGCACAUCCAGGUGGGAACCUUCGACGCUAACAUUAAUUUGCAAGCUAUACGAUUGGACGGAAACCAACUAACCGAUAUUGUAGGACUGCUCACGGGACUUCCGAAUCUUGUGUGGUUGAAUGUGAGUGACAAUCGUUUGAAGGUGUUUGAUUAUGCGAUGAUACCAACGGGACUUCACUGGUUAGACAUUCAUUCAAAUGAGAUAAAUGAGCUUGGGAAUUAUUUCGAAAUUGAGUCACAACUUCAGUUGAAAACUUUUGACGCAAGUUACAAUAAGUUGACUGAAAUAACAGGCAGUGCAAUACCGACAAGUGUGGAAUUAUUGUUCCUCAACAAUAAUUUAAUAUCCAAAGUGCAAAGUUACGCUUUCUUCAAAAAGCCUAAUUUAACACGGGUGGACUUGAAAGGAAACCAAAUUCGCAAUUUGGAACCUUAUUCAUUGAGGAUUAGUGCAGUGCCACAUGCAAGAUCUCUUCCAGAAUUUUAUAUUGGUGAGAAUCAAUACUUGUGCGAUUGUACAAUGGAGUGGUUGCAAAGAGUGAACCGGCAAAGCCAGACCAGAACCCAGCCACGGGUCAUGGACCUGGAAAGCAUCUAUUGCAAGCUUCUUUAUGAUAGGGAACACGUUUUCGUACCCUUGGUCGAAGCUUCCCACUCUCAGUUUCUCUGCAAAUACGAAACUCACUGUUUCGCGUUAUGUCAGUGCUGUGAUUUUGACGCGUGCGAUUGCGAGAUGACCUGUCCGACAAAUUGUACUUGCUACCACGAUCAAUCGUGGUCAGCAAACGUGGUUGACUGUUCGUCCGGAGGUCAUGUUGGAAGAUUACCGGAGCAAAUACCUAUGGAUGCGACGCAGCUUUACCUGGACGGUAACGACCUGAGGAUAGUAUCGAGUCACGCUUUUAUCGGUAGAAAGAAACUGAAAGUAUUGUUCCUGAACGCGUCGAACAUCGAGAUAGUCCAGAACAGGUCAUUCAACGGACUCCGGGAGCUGGAGGAUCUUCACCUACAAGAUAACCGGAUCCGUGAGCUCAGAGGGCACGAGUUCGAGGGCCUGGAUGCCUUGAGAACAUUAGCUCUUCAGCAGAAUAAAAUUUCGUCAAUCGCUAACAGUACCUUUGCACCUCUUCGUUCUUUGUACACUCUCAAACUGGAUGGAAAUCAUCUGACCAAUUUGGCCCUCUGGUCAUUACCAAAGUCCAUCAACGCAACUUUAGCUUCUAAUCCUUGGUCCUGCGAUUGCGACUAUUUGCAAGUCUUUCGCACUUGGCUCGUUGACUCUGUCAGCCACAUCAUCGACGUUGCGGAUCUUCGGUGCGUUUAUAACAUCACCGAAUUCGAAGCAUACGGAGAGGAGACUUUCAACGACGACGAGUUCGGAUUCUCUUUCACCAACAGCAAUAAUUUCACGUGCACGGGUCUUGCGGCGAUCGAGAACAGCAUCCAUGGGAACCUGACAAAAACCAUAAUAGAACGACAGGCUCUUCACGAUUACCUGCCACUCUUAGUGGCUACCCUUGCCGCAUUUCUGAUUGCCAUGCUUCUCUGUAUGCUGGCGUUCAUAUUCCGACAAGAACUUCGCGUCUGGUUUCACUCAAGAUUCGGAGUUCGGAUUUUCUACAGAAACACCGAAGUCGAUCGCGAUGACAGGGAAAAACUAUUCGACGCCUUCGUUAGCUACAGUUCAAAGGACGAAGCUUUCGUUGCUGAGGAAUUGGCACCUGUAUUGGAAAUGGGCAAUCCAUCUUACAAACUUUGUCUACACUAUAGGGAUUUUCCGGUGGGGAGUUUCAUAGCAGACACCAUAGUCCAGGCAGUAGAAUCGUCGCGGAGAACGAUCAUGGUUCUAUCGGAGAAUUUUAUCAAGUCGGAGUGGUGUAGAUUCGAAUUCAAAUCGGCUCAUCAUCAGGUCUUGAGAGAUCGUCGACGCCGACUUAUCCUUGUAUUAGUCGGUGACGUUCCGCAAAGAGAUCUGGACCCUGAUAUCCGACUCUAUCUAAAAACAAAUACGUACCUGCAGUGGGGGGACAAAUUAUUCUGGGAGAAGCUGAGAUUCGCUUUACCAGACGUCCCGAAUAAUCAACGAAGUCAACCGCAAAGAAGACAACCACCGCCGGUCCGACGGCAACACAACAACCGGACAGCGAAUGGUCAACGCACUGUUCCGGUGCACAUAUGAGUGAAAUAAUUAUGCAAAAUUUUAGAAAAGACAUUACUGUGAAACGGUGAUACGUCCGUUUCCACACCCCCCUACCCCUAAGUGACUCGCCCACCCUAAAAACCGUGUAUGAUAAUUCGUGUUUGGUGCAAUAAUCGCUGAGUGUAAAUAAACGGAUAAUACUCGAAGGAUAAGAAAACUGGAAAUGAGAAUAAAAUAAAAAACUUGAAAUAACAUGUGCGAGGCACGCUAAAGUCUGUACAUAAAAUUUUUACCACAUAAGAUGCGUAUUAGAAUGAAAUCAUCGAUAUUUCCAAAUUAAUUUUAUAUCAUUAUAGUUUUGUAUAUUCGUCUGAGCUGCGCGUAUAGGUAUAAAUAUACAUAUCUGAAUAACUGAAAUAAAUCUUGUAAAUAAUUUUGUACACUACGAAUUUUUUUUUUUUUGUAUCAUAAUAUUAUAUACAAAUACCAGGCACGCUCUGAGGAAGUACUAUAUUAUGAUUAACACCCAUUUAGAAUAAACGACUACGGUGUCUAAAGAAUUGAAUAAAAUAAUUGUUACUUAAUCGCGUACCUCGUCUCUGCUCAACCACGCUACUGUUCCAUUUUGCCUGCCCAACCGUUGCUACAAUUCAUUAUUAGUACAUGCAAACCUCUAUAUGAAUGCACACCGUAGUAGACAAUAAAACGCUGGCUAAUUCACGUAUAACGCAUAAAACGCACGGUGAAUUAGCGAAAAACAUAAACAGAUUGGAGAUGUCGCAAUGGCUUGUCGCACAUAUAACUAUGUGGAUAUACAUAUGAUAUGUAAAUAUGGAUAUCACAAGACCGUCGUACUUGAUCGUGCGAACGUGCUAAUUUAUUGGGUGCUAAGCAACCCGCGAGGAUUAUUAGAAGCGAUGAGGAUAUGCACUUGUCCGUACGUAGCUUUGAGCGAGCCUGUUGGCUCACAGUGAUAUCACUUCCUAUAAUGUUUUCUCCUCGUAUGUAUGCAUGUAAUCAUAUUCGAUUCAUUUAGAAUGCAACGAUUCGAACCCCACUCGAUUCGUUAGUACCGGUGAUAUUCCAACGCCGUACAUGAAAUAUAAAAUUGUGGGUAUACAUGUAUUCGUGUGACGUAUACGAUAUCGUCAUUGAUUCAGAAGAAAUUGUGAAAAAAAAAACGGAUGAUAAUGAUAAAAAAAGAAAAAGGAAGUUACUGUAAAUUUGUAUUGUUUAUUUAUUCAUUCUAAAUAAUCGAAGUCGAUUAUUGUUACAUAUUUUGUACUAUUAGAUUUAUAAGAUAAUGAUAUUAUUAGCGCAGUAAGAAUGAAACUACUCUUUCGCGAGCCUCAGAAUCAAUGUAUUCAUUUUUGUCCAAUGACCUUUCAAAUUUUAUCAAUCAUGUAAUUUAUACGCAGAGUAGAUAUUUGGAAAAUUAGUAAAUCAGUAUGAUCACAUGCUAUCCUAUCGUUGUUCAGGCCACACAUUUUACGCUAGAGAUUCUUCGUUUGCUCGGGAAAGAUUGUCUUGACUUAAAAAUAACAAAAUUACGACUGAUGAAUAAAAUUCAAUGUUUCUAUGCUCUUAA